GCGCCCGGGCCCGCGAUGGACCCGGCGGCCGAGCACCGGCAGCAGCUCCGCAGCCUGCGGGACUUCCUGCUGGUCUACAACCGUAUGACCGAGCUCUGCUUCCGCCAUUGUGUCUGCAACCUCAACUACCGGCUGCUCACGGGCCGCGAGGAGUCGUGUCUGGACAGCUGCGCCGCGAGGCUGGUCCGCGCCAACCACCGCCUGAUGGGCGCCUACGUGGGACUGGUGCCGGCAAUGCUGCAGCGCCGCGCAGCCGAGUACGGGACAGCAGCUGGGCCAUCCGGACUCCCAGCCUCUUCUGAGCCGGCCCCGGGCCCCGCGGAGUCCUCGCCAGAUGGUCCCGCUGCCGGCACAUAGCAGCAUCUGGCCACAGCUCCCUGCGCCAGUCGGACCCGACUGGAGCAGCUGCAUCCUCACUGCGCUGGAGCUCCAGGCUGGAGCAGCAUCUGCA